CCGCCGCGGCUCCUCAGGGGCUGCCCGAGCUCGGGGGCUCCGCCAGCCGCGCCCGCCGGCCGGGCCGGGCCGGGCCGCUGCCAUGUUCACCAGCACCGGCUCCAACGGGUUCUAUAAAGCGCCUUUGUCAAAGAGUUUGUUACUAGUCCCAAGUGCCAUCUCGAUUCUAUUGACUCUGCUCUUCCAACACUAUCAGAAGUUCUUUGCGUAUAAUCUACAAGCUGUAAAAGAGGAUUUUCAGAUUUGGAGACUUGUAUGUGGAAGAACAAUAUGUCUUGAUUUGAAAGACACAUUCUGCAGCAGUCUGCUCAUUUACAACUUCAGAAUAUUUGAAAGAAGAUAUGGCAGCAGAAAAUUUUCAUCUUUUUUAUUGGGUGCUUGGAUGCUCUCAGCUUUGUUUGAUCUUCUCCUUGUUGAAAUCACUCAGUAUAUAUUUGGCAUCACCAUCAACAGCUUGCCUUCUGGUUUCUUGGGUCCUGUGUUUGCGCUGUUUGUUCCAUUUUAUUCCUCCAUUCCAAGAGUGCAGGUGACACAAGUAUUGGGCCACUUUUCUAUCACAAACAAGUCUCUGGUCUAUAUACUGGGUUUACAGCUCUUAACCUCUGGUUCCUACAUCUGGAUUUUAGCCUUAAGUGGAUUGAUUUCUGGGAUUUGCUACAACAGCAGCAUCUUAAAAGUUCAUCGAAUUCUUUGUGUACCCAGAUGGGUAGCAAAGAUAUUUUCUUGGACUCUUGAACCAGUCUUCUCAUCUGCGGAGCCAACAAAUGAAGUUCGAGUGGGAAUGGGAGCAACAGUUGACAUCCAGAGGCAGCAGAGAAUGGAGUUCCUGGAUCGUCAAAUCAUGAUGUCUCAGGUUGCCCAAAUGAGGCGGCAAAGACAGCAGCAGGGUGGAAUGAUUAACUGGAAUAGACUGUUUCCUCCUUUACGUCAUAGACAUAAUGCAAAUUAUCAAGAUCAUCGCCCGUCUGAACAAGGCAUACCUCCACCUACAGAGGUUUCUGAAGAGCAGGUCGCACGACUUAUGGAAAUGGGGUUUUCCAGAGGAGAUGCUCUAGAAGCUCUGAGGGCUUCAAAUAAUGACUUAAAUGUAGCCACUAAUUUUCUACUGCAGCACUGAUGGUUUUCUGUGUGAAGGAACUUCACCCGAUGGGUUUGUACAUGCCUGGGAGAGGAGCAAAGCCACCUGCUGGGCAGACUCACCAAAGUCAGCCCUGCAAGAGCUUCGGAAGAGAGAAAUGGCUCCACGUGACAGGUGACUAAGAGUGGUGUUAAGAAAUGAUGUGAACUGUUCCCAGACCCUCGGAUCACUUGGUGGUUUCUAGUCCGGUUAUCCUUUUCAAAGUAACUUUAGUUUCUACUUGUUACUGGAUAUCACCUAAAUUUAUUUUUAAAUAAAAUAGGUGGGUUUUUUCUUGUAAAUCCUUGUUAGACGUUAUCAGACUUAAUUAUUAGGGGGAAAAAAAGGCUUCAACAACUACAACAGUUAGAUUUACCUGGCAAGAAAAAUCAUAUUUUCUUCAUUUACAAGUCUAAUUUCUCUGGCUUAAAUGUUAUUUUACAGUACUUGAUUUUUUAUUACAGUAAUAAGAGGUUUGAAGAUCACUUAAUUUUCAACUCAAUAAAGGGUUAUGGGACUAUUAUGUCAAUCUUUGCAAAGUUUUAUUAAUGCCUGUAAUAUCUUAUUUCUCAGAUUUCUUUUUGAAUAAAAGUUGUCAUUCAGCACGUAAUAGACAGGAUGAGAGAGAAUUCAUGUGUGUGUGGUGAGCUAUGGCAAGUGACCACUGUAAAUUUGAAUUUUUACAAACUGAGUGAAUUGCUGUUCAAAUACGGGUCAUGAAGAUACUCACUGGAAGCAAUAAAGGUGAAUUGAAUGAUGCAAUAAGAUCA